GUCCAGAAAGAUAGCCGCACAUUGACAUCAUGGUUGGAGUUAAGAUCCUGAUUGUCUCUCUCCUAGUGGGAAUCUCUGCAUAUCAUUUCUUCAGCUCAGAGACCAUUAGCUACGGGAUGGUCUAUGGGAAGCGAGUUCUUGUAACUGGAUCCAGUACAGGGAUUGGGGAGCAGAUUGCAUAUCAAUUUGCACAGAUGGGAGCACACUUGGUGCUCACAGCAAGAAGAGAGCAACGUCUUCAAGAGGUCACAAGGAAAUGUCUUGAGUUGGGAGCUUCUUCUGCUGAUUAUGUUGUCUCUGAUAUGACAAAUCUGACAUCCGCACAGGAAGUGGCCCAAAUAGCCACUAAAAAGCUAGGCAGUUUGGAUUAUUUGGUUUUAAACCAUAUUGGUGGAUCAGGAUCAUUUGGAACUUUUCAGGGUGACAUGGAUUCCUUAUUAAGCUCCAUGACAGUGAAUUUCCUGAGCUAUGUCCAGCUUACCGCUACAGCCCUGUCUGCUUUGAAACAGUCCAAUGGGAGCAUUGUCAUUAUGUCCUCUUUGAGUGGUCGCUUUGGCGCUCCAUUUACUACCAGCUAUUGUGCAGCUAAAUUCGCUCUGGAAGGUUUUUACAGUUCUCUCCGUAGGGAAUGUUCCCUUCAGAAGAAUAACAUAUCUGUAACGGUAGCCGUGCUUGGAUUCAUUGACACAGAAAAUGCAGUGAAAAAGGUUGGUGACAAAGUGACCAUGACAGCUUCACCAAAAGAGGACUGCGCCAAGGAGGUAGUUAAGGCGGCAGUUCUGCGACAGUCAGAGUUGUUCUAUCCAUACUGGAGCAUUAAGCCCUUGGUCCUGCUGAAAGACUGGGCCCCUGAAUUUAUGGGGAGUUUACUAGAUAAAUUCUAUGUCCUAGAAAACAUUAAAUGAUAAUAACAAAA